CGGCCGCGGACGCCGGCGGGGGCGGCGGGAGCACCAUGCAGAUCGGCGCCCGGCGCCCUGCAGACCCCUCGCGAGGCACACAGGCCGGGGCGGCGCCGGGGCGACGGGGAGCAUGAGAGCAGCCGGGGACCGGCUGGGCUCGGAGCUCUGCUAGGGAGCGGUGUGCGCGGAACGCUCGCCGGGACGCGGCAGAGGGCGGGAGCCGAGCGCCCGGGGCUGUGGGCAUUUCGGACGCCGACGCGAGGGGCCCGGAGCCAGCCGAGGCUCCCGGCACGCAGCCGACAUGGGCAACGCGGGGAGCAUGGACUCGCAGCAGACCGAUUUCAGGGCGCACAACGUGCCAUUGAAGCUGCCGAUGCCCGAGCCAGGUGAACUGGAGGAGCGCUUUGCCAUCGUGCUGAAUGCUAUGAACCUACCUCCUGACAAAGCCAGGUUACUGCGGCAGUAUGACAAUGAGAAAAAAUGGGAGCUGAUCUGUGAUCAGGAGCGUUUCCAGGUAAAGAACCCUCCCCAUACAUACAUUCAGAAGCUCAAAGGCUACCUGGAUCCAGCUGUAACCAGGAAGAAAUUCAGAAGGCGUGUUCAAGAAUCUACACAAGUGCUAAGAGAACUGGAAAUCUCAUUGAGAACCAACCAUAUUGGAUGGGUCAGAGAGUUUCUGAAUGAAGAAAACAAAGGCCUCGAUGUUCUCGUGGAGUAUCUAUCCUUUGCACAGUAUGCAGUCACUUUUGACUUUGAAAGUGUGGAAAGUACCGUGGAGAGUACAGUGGACAAAUCAAAGCCCUGGAGCAGGUCCAUCGAGGACCUGCACAGAGGGAACAACCUGCCCUCCCCUGUGGGCAACAGUGUGUCCCGCUCUGGAAGACAUUCUGCACUUCGAUAUAAUACUUUGCCAAGCAGAAGAACCCUGAAAAAUUCAAGAUUAGUGAGUAAGAAAGAUGAUGUUCAUGUCUGUAUCAUGUGUUUACGAGCCAUCAUGAAUUAUCAGUAUGGUUUCAACAUGGUCAUGUCUCAUCCACACGCCGUCAAUGAGAUUGCACUAAGUUUGAACAACAAGAAUCCCAGGACAAAAGCUCUCGUCUUGGAGCUCCUGGCAGCCGUUUGUCUUGUCAGAGGCGGGCAUGAAAUCAUUUUAUCAGCUUUUGAUAACUUUAAGGAGGUCUGUGGAGAAAAGCAGCGCUUUGAGAAGUUGAUGGAACAUUUCAGAAAUGAAGAUAAUAACAUAGAUUUUAUGGUGGCUUCUAUGCAGUUUAUUAACAUUGUAGUCCAUUCGGUAGAAGACAUGAACUUCAGAGUUCACCUCCAGUAUGAAUUUACCAAGUUAGGCCUGGAUGAGUACCUGGACAAGCUGAAACACACAGAGAGUGACAAGCUGCAGGUACAGAUUCAGGCUUACCUAGACAAUGUGUUUGACGUGGGAGCCCUGCUGGAAGAUGCAGAAACCAAGAAUGCAGCCUUGGAGCGGGUGGAGGAACUGGAAGAAAACAUCUCUCAUCUGUCUGAAAAGCUGCAGGACACGGAGAAUGAAGCCAUGUCCAAGAUUGUGGAACUGGAAAAGCAGCUCAUGCAGAGGAAUAAGGAACUGGAUGUUGUCCGGGAAAUCUACAAAGAUGCAAAUACCCAAGUUCACACAUUAAGGAAAAUGGUCAAAGAAAAGGAAGAAGCCAUUCAAAGACAGUCUACCCUGGAAAAAAAGAUUCAUGAACUGGAGAAACAAGGGACCAUUAAAAUUCAGAAGAAAGGAGAUGGGGACAUUGCCAUACUGCCAGUUGUGGCCUCUGGCACAUUGCCCAUGGGGUCAGAACUAGCAGUGGGUAAUUAUGUAGGACCAGUUACAGGGGCCACCUCCUCAGGAUCCUCACUCCCUCCUCCUCCACCACUACCUCCAUCAUCAGACAUGCCUGAAGCAGCGCCAAACGGACCAGCAUCGCCACCUAUGUCACCCCCUCCUCCCCCACCCCCUCCACCCCCUCCUCCCCCACCCCCACCCCCUCCACUCCCAGGUCCUGCAGCUGAGACUGUGCCAGCUCCUCCUCUCCCACCACCCCCUCCUCCCUCUGCACCCCCACUGCCUGGGACUUCUUCACCCACAGUAGUUUUCAACUCAGGAUUAGCAGAGCUUUUAGUGCUUCGGAAGAGGAGAGGUGGAGGAGAGUCACCGUGGAACUGUUGGAUUGUUGAUGUAAAUGAUGGGCCAAUCAAGCUUUUCUCUGUGAAAAUUAAGAAGCCGAUCAAGACCAAGUUCAGAAUGCCAGUAUUUAACUGGGUUGCUCUCAAGCCCAAUCAGAUCAAUGGCACAGUCUUCAAUGAAAUCGAUGAUGAGCGGAUCCUAGAGGAUUUAAAUGUGGACGAAUUUGAGGAAAUCUUCAAAACAAAAGCCCAAGGGCCUGCCAUUGAUCUUUCUUCAAGCAAGCAGAAAAUACCACAGAAGGGAUCAAGUAAAGUGACAUUAUUAGAAGCAAAUAGAGCCAAAAAUCUUGCCAUAACUUUAAGGAAAGCUGGGAAGACUGCCGAUGAGAUAUGCAAAGCUAUUCACGUAUUCGACUUGAAGACAUUACCAGUUGACUUUGUUGAAUGUUUGAUGAGGUUCUUGCCAACUGAGAAUGAGGUGAAAGUGCUCCGACUCUAUGAGAGAGAGAGAAAGCCCUUGGAGAACUUGUCAGACGAAGACCGCUUCAUGAUGCAGUUCAGUAAGAUUGAGCGGCUCAUGCAGAAGAUGACCAUCAUGGCCUUCAUUGGGAACUUUGCAGAAAGCAUUCAGAUGCUGACUCCUCAACUUCACGCAAUUAUAGCUGCAUCUGUUUCUAUCAAGUCGUCUCAAAAGCUCAAGAAAAUUCUGGAGAUCAUCUUGGCCCUUGGAAACUAUAUGAACAGCAGCAAACGAGGAGCAGUUUAUGGAUUUAAACUUCAGAGUUUAGAUCUGCUCUUAGAUACGAAGUCAACAGACCGAAAACAAACACUGUUGCACUAUAUAUCAAAUGUGGUAAAAGAAAAAUAUCAACAAGUUACUCUAUUUUAUAAUGAGCUUCAUUAUGUGGAAAAAGCUGCUGCAGUCUCCCUUGAAAAUGUUCUGCUGGAUGUCAGGGAGCUGCAGAGGGGCAUGGACUUAACCAAGAGGGAGUAUACUAUGCAUGACCAUAACACGCUGCUCAAAGAGUUUAUCCUUCACAACGAGGGCAAGCUGAAGAAGCUGCAGGAUGAUGCUAAGAUUGCUCAGGAUGCUUUUGAUGAUGUGGUGAAGUAUUUUGGUGAAAACCCCAAGACAACACCACCCUCUGUGUUCUUCCCUGUCUUUGUUCGGUUUGUGAAAGCCUACAAGCAAGCAGAAGAGGAAAAUGAACUGAGAAAAAAGCAGGAACAAGCUCUCAUGGAAAAACUUUUGGAGCAAGAAGCCUUGAUGGAGCAGCAGGACCCAAAGUCUCCUUCCCAUAAAUCAAAGAGGCAGCAGCAAGAGUUAAUUGCGGAAUUAAGAAGGCGACAAGUUAAAGAUAACAGACAUGUAUAUGAGGGAAAAGAUGGCGCCAUUGAAGACAUUAUCACAGCCUUAAAGAAGAAUAAUAUCACUAAAUUUCCAAAUGUUCACUCGAGGAUCUUAGAAACCAACCAUAUAGACGAGCCGAUGCGGUGAGACGAAGUGUGAGGCGUCGCUUUGAUGAUCAGAACUUGCGUUCUAUUAAUGGUGCAGAGAUAACAGUGUGACCCCGAGACCAGCCUUCACGAGAGGGUGCACAUGAAACUGCCGACGUGAACUUUAUGUGCUACCAUUUAGCUGCAGCCUUCAGUACAGAUCAAAUUUCCUUAAGGGCUCAGACUUAGUAAACACAUAGAAUUUAAAAAGAAUGGGUUCUCCUUUUAACCCCUGUUAACAAGUGCCUAAAAUUGGAAAUAACUUGCUCAGAUUAAUCAAAGCAAUAGAAUUUGACUUAAAUCUUUUUACAUCAGUAUGUUACUCAGUUUUUUAACCAAAAUGUAAAUUUCAUAUUAAAUUCAUUAUUUGCCAUUGUGACUGUCCCUUAUGGCCCACCCUGGCUUCCUGGUAAUUUGUAAAUAACAGGGAUAUGUUUGCUAUGGCCUUCCUUUGCUGAGAAGUCUUCUAAGAAAUUGUGUGUUUGAGCCAUAUUCAUCAACUGUAUCUUUAAGGACUUGUAACAAGGGAGAAGGAACCUGGCACGGAUAAUAUCCUUCUAUUAUUAAGUAAGCCCCAGCAAAGUACAAGCAGGAUGCAACUGCAGUACCACUCGAAGUCUGUCUUGUCUCAUGUUGUUUCUGUGCAAGGGUACCAGGCACAAAGGCAUUCACUUGUAUGACUGCAGAAUGGCAUAAAACAUUGUAUAAGACUUAACUGCAGAAACUGGGUUCUUAAGCAAGAGGCAGCUUUUAAUAACACAAAUAUAUUUAUUACCACUAAAAUUACCAUUAUGGGUCAAUUCUUAAAACAGAAAUUGGUGCCUUGUUAGUCAGGGAGAAUUUACCACAAGCUCUAUCAGUAAGCAUUCAAAAUUACAUGUGUUAGUGUAAUGUUGGAACCCGGCCUUAUUCUCUUCUGACAAUCGAAGGGCCUUUUUCUUUUUCCUUUUCUAAACUGAAGUAUACUUAUACAGCUGACAUUAAGUUAUCAAGGCUGAAUUGCUAUGUGUAUUUCUCGCUUAUGAGAAUUUCCAAUUAGAUUUUAGAAAAUUAACAUUAAAUUUAAAUUAUAUUGAUAGGGUUAAAUGGUUAAGUCACUUAUUUUUACUUCCUCACUGGCAAGGCAUUUUGAUCCAUUCCAAAGUGGAAGACUGGACUGAAGCUAAAUUUGUACUUCUCAUAAUACAUACUCUGCUUCUGGCUUACCUUAUUGGUACAUCAGUAUAUUAAUUGUAAAAAUUAUUGUAUAGUAUUUAACCGCUGAAUUUCUUGUGUUUAUGUGAACUCCCUUGGUAAAGGUCCCCCUUUUCAUGGAUGUGUAGUUAUAUGAUCUUUUAAAAUGUACAGAUAUUUUGCUAUAAGAUUGGUGCAGUUUUUUAUGGUUUUUACAAUUCUCUUUUAAUUCCUACCUAAGCCCCUGAUUAAUCCUGUAAAUAUUGUUUAAAAAUGUUCAUCAGCCUAUGCUACACAAUCUGAAUGUUACUUUAACUUAUAGUUUUUUUAAAAUAUAUAUAUUUAACUACAAGGACAAUUUGAGUCAGUUACCACAUUUCACAGUAGUAUGCCUAUUUACAGCUCCCUUUUUAAUGGCCACCUGAUGGCACAUUCAUAAAUGUAGUUUUAAAAGAACAUGCCAGGAUUGUUGUCUUUUUGUUGAGUCGUUCAUUUUGAUGAAUAUAUUAAUUUGAUCAUAAGAAUAUUGGACACUUUAUCAAAGAAAUCAGCUAUUUUCCAAAGGUGUGCAUUUGCUUAAAAAAUUGCUCAUUUCCCAAUGUACAAACGGACAGUAAUGUUGGCAUAUUCUUUUGUCUGUCUAUUAAUGAUCCUGCUUCUUAGCAAUACUAGAAAUGUUUUAUAAAAGCAAUUCAUGUUACUUUUCUGGUCUUUUCAUGCCAUUUGAGCAAAUAAACUAUUUACACUACUA